UUUCACCGGUUUUGCAACAUGUGGCUGAGCGUUAUCAUGCUGCAAAAUUACUUUGUCGUGUCUCUGCUCGUAUAGCAGCCGUUUUUUCUUUAAUGCCCGGCUCAAACGCAUCAAUUAUAGUCGGUAGCGAUCUCCCGUAAUGAUUUUAUUCGGUUUGAGCAGCUCAUAAUAAAUUACACAGCUCAUAAUAAAUUACAGCUGAUCCCACCAAAUGCAGAGCAGAAGCUUAGAACCAUGGAUAUUCGGCUUUGCCGACGAUGUUGAUGCAUGGCCGGGCUUACACCACGAUUUUCUACGUUUAAGGUUAUCGUAGUGUAUCCACUUUUCAUCGCCAGUCACGAUACGAUGCAAGAAUCUUGUUCUUUUUUGCCAUUGAAGCAGCUGUUCACACGUGAAAAGACGCUGUUCGACGUUUCUCGGCUUCAACUAGUAUGGCACCCAAUGACCUUGCUUUUGAAUCAUUCCUAAUGCUUUCAAACGUUUCGAAACUGUUGUGAUCAACUCCUAAUGAUUCUGCAAGUUCAGCUAGCGUCUGACAUGAGUCUUCAUGAAGUAAUGCCUUCAAUUCUUUGUCUUCAAACUUUUUCGAAAUUUCUAGACAAUGGCAGCGAAGGCAAUUCGAGAAGCAACUGGAAAGGAUUUGAUUAAUCGUAAACUUCCCGUUGGGACAAAAACAGCAAAAUGUAGAUUUGUAUCUAUUACGGAAAACACAAAUUGGAUCGAUAUCAUCAACGAAUAUCCAUGGCUCAAAACGGAAAAAUUGGUUGUUAAACCGGAUCAAUUAAUUAAGCGACGAGGAAAACUCGGAUUAAUCAAAGUAAAUGCGGAUUUGGUCACGGUACAAAAAUGGAUUGAGCAGCACAUGAACAAGGAUCAACGCAUUGGAAAAACGAUCGGAAAAUUAAAAACAUUUAUAAUUGAGCCGUUUAUACCCCAUAAACCGGAAGAAGAAGCUUAUGUCUGUAUCUAUUCUCAUCGCAAAGCUGAUACAAUAUUAUUUCAUCACCAAGGAGGUAUUGAUAUUGGCGAUGUGGAUGCAAAAGCUUUAAAAUUAGAUAUACCAAUCGGUGGUCAGAUACCCGAUCGAUCUAUAUUGAUCAAUAGACUUUUGAUAAAUGUGAUGGACGAUAAAAAAAUGGUGAUCGCUGAAUGCAUAGAAUCUCUUUAUAAGCUCUACGUUAAUUUAUAUUUUACAUAUUUGGAGAUCAAUCCACUAGUGGUAACAGAUACUGCAAUUUAUAUUCUCGACCUUGCGGCCAAAUUAGACACGACGGCAGAUUUUAUAUGUAAACCAGAUUGGGGAGAAAUCGAUUAUCCACCGCCAUUUGGAAGAGAUGCUUAUCCAGAGGAAGCCUAUAUAGCUGACCUAGAUGCUAAAUCCGGCGCCAGUUUAAAGUUGACGAUUCUUAAUCCAAACGGUCGUAUAUGGACUAUGGUUGCUGGUGGUGGUGCAUCUGUGAUAUAUUCCGAUACAAUUUGUGACUUGGGAGCAGCUGAUGAAUUGGCCAAUUAUGGUGAAUAUUCUGGCGCUCCUAGUGAACAACAAACUUACGAAUAUGCAAAAACUAUAUUGAGUUUGAUGACAAAAGCAAAGCAUCCUGAUGGAAAAGUACUUAUCAUAGGAGGAGGAAUUGCUAAUUUUACAAAUGUAGCUGCAACAUUUAAAGGCAUUGUUAAAGCUCUUCAAGAAUAUCAGCCUAAAUUAGUGGAGCAUGAUAUAAGAAUUUUCGUAAGAAGAGCUGGACCUAAUUAUCAAGAGGGCUUAAGGAUUAUACGGGAAGUUGGUAGACGUUUAGGCAUUCCUGUUCAUGUAUUUGGUCCCGAAACGCAUAUGACAGCUAUAUGUGCAAUGGCACUAGGAAAGAAACCAAUUCCUGAUCCGGAAGCUCAGGAAUUCUCAACCGCGAAUUUUCUUUUACCAUCUGGACAAGAUGUUGGACCAUCGUGUACACCGUCUAAAAAUAACGUACAAUCAUCAUCAGAACAGUCCAAAUUAAAAACUGCAGAUGCGAUAGAUUCAAGCAAUGACAACAGACAACUUUUUAGCAAUAAAACGAAAUCUAUUAUUUGGGGUAUGCAAACAAGAGCAGUACAAAGUAUGUUGGAUUUUGAUUUUGUUUGUCGAAGAUCCGAGCCAUCCGUUGCCGCUAUUGUUUAUCCUUUUACUGGUGAUCACAAACAAAAAUUUUAUUGGGGUCACAAAGAGAUUCUUAUUCCUGUUUAUAAACAAAUGAAAGACGCUAUGGUUAAACAUACGGACGCAGACGUAAUGGUCACGUUUGCCUCUUUAAGAUCUGCUUAUGAAAGUACCAUGGAAACUUUACAAUUUCCGCAAAUCAGAACGAUUGCUAUAAUCGCGGAAGGUAUACCAGAAAAUAUGACUAGAAAAUUAAUUCUAGCAGCGCAACGAAAGAACGUGACUAUAAUUGGACCGGCAACUGUGGGAGGUGUAAAACCGGGCUGUUUUAAAAUCGGUAAUACUGGCGGAAUGAUGGAUAAUAUUCUACAUAGCAAAUUAUAUAGACCUGGCAGUGUUGCUUAUGUCUCUCGUUCCGGUGGCAUGUCAAAUGAAUUAAAUAAUAUAAUAUCUAAAGCUUCCAACGGCGUAUUAGAAGGUGUUGCUAUUGGUGGAGAUCGAUAUCCAGGAACUACUUUUAUGGAUCAUAUAAUACGUUAUCAAAAUAAUAUAGAUGUGAAAAUAAUCGUAUUACUCGGAGAAGUCGGCGGUGUCGAAGAAUACGAAGUAUGCGAAGCAUUAAAAACACAUGGAAUUACGAAGCCAUUGAUAGCUUGGUGCAUCGGUACUUGCGCCAGCAUGUUUAACUCUGAGGUGCAAUUUGGUCAUGCCGGCUCUAUCGCAAAUUCCAAUCUUGAAACGGCUUCUGUGAAAAAUGCGGCAUUGAAAGCUGCUGGUGCAUAUGUGCCAAAUAGUUUUGAUAAUCUUGGUGAGCUCAUACAAAUUGUUUAUGAAGAAUUGGUCAAAGAUGGCACAAUAGUACCGGAACCCGAAGUUCCAGUUCCAACAGUACCAAUGGAUUAUGGAUGGGCGAGGGAACUUGGUUUAAUACGUAAACCUGCAUCAUUUAUGACGUCAAUUUGUGAUGAACGUGGACAGGAAUUAUUAUACGCAGGCAUGCCUGUAACUGAAGUUCUGAAACAAAACGUAGGCAUUGGAGGCGUUGUCUCGCUUUUGUGGUUUCAACGUUGCUUACCUCCGACCUAUUGUAAAUUUCUUGAAAUGUCACUGAUGCUCACAGCUGACCAUGGCCCAGCUGUUUCUGGAGCUCAUAAUACUAUUGUUUGUGCACGUGCUGGAAAAGACCUGGUUAGCUCGCUCGUUUCAGGACUUCUAACAAUUGGAGAUCGUUUCGGUGGUGCCUUAGAUGGUGCAGCGCGUAUGUUUUCCGAAGCAUACGAUACUGGUUUACAUCCGCAAGAAUUUGUGAAUAACACACGUAAGAAGGGCGAACUAAUUAUGGGUAUUGGCCAUCGUGUCAAGUCAAUCAAUAAUCCAGAUAUGCGUGUAAAACUCAUCAAGGAAUUUGUAUUGGAAAAUUUCCCAGCAAAACCUUUAGUUGAAUAUGCCUUGGAAGUUGAAAAAAUAACAACUAGCAAGAAGCCUAAUUUAAUUCUUAAUGUGGAUGGUAUUAUUGCUUGUUCUUUUGUCGAUAUGCUACGAAAUAGCGGUAGUUUUACAAGAGAGGAGGCGCAAGAAUAUAUCGAAAUAGGAGCCAUUAAUAGCUUGUUCGUCCUUGGUCGAAGUAUAGGAUUUAUUGGACAUUACAUGGAUCAGAAAAGGUUAAAACAAGGACUUUACCGCCAUCCAUGGGAUGAUAUUUCUUAUGUAUUACCUGAACAAUAUAAUUAAAUUAUUAUGCAUAUUAUAUAUGUGUGUGUAUAUAUAUAUAUAUAUAUAUAUAUAUAUAUAUAUAUAUAAUAUAACGCUUAAUGGCUCUCGUUAUUAAUCACUAAGUUCGAAAACUGUUUUAAAAGAAAUAUGCGAAAAGCAUUAAUUGCUAAUUGAAAUUGAUUUCAAUUAAUAAUUAUAAUUAAUAUACUAUGCGAAAUUGGAACUAUAAAUCACAUUAUGCACUAAAAAUACUACUGUAUCCUUAUUAAAAAAAAUGUUAAUUUUUAAUUUUAGCUAUUGUGACAAAAGCAGUCAAUCAUAAUCAGAAAAAAUUUUAAGAUGCACAUUGUAAAAAGACAUUAAACGAUGUAAUUACAUAUAUAAUUAUAGGUUUAUAAUUUUAUGUAAACGAACAAAUUUUUAAAUAUGUUUAUGAAAUACAUUCCAUGUGCAUUUUUAUUUGAAUAGACAUUAGACGGUGAAAUUAGAUAAUUUAGAGUAUUCAAUGAUUUAUUCUAAUUAGGUAAUAUGAUUUUAACUGUAACUAUAUUGUAAGUAAAAACAUUAUAAUUGCUUAUUAUUAUGUAACUUAUUAUAUAUUACUAACCAUAUGUGCACAAUUCUAAUUAUAUGAAUUCUGAAGAAAAUAGUAAAUAUAUAUUUAUGAAUGCUA